AUGACCAUCGUGAACCCGGUCCCUUUCGGCAAAGAUACACUCACCAGCUCUCCAUUGGCUCCUGGGGACUUCCCUUGCAAGCAACGCUCCGGCGUGUACGACAUCACUGAGAUGAACCAGUGGAAUGCUGGCGAAACCCAAACUAUCAGCUUCCAGGGUUCUGCAGUGCACGGUGGUGGUUCAUGCCAAUUCUCUCUUACCACUGACCCUGAGCCCACCGAGCAGUCUCAGUGGAAGGUCAUCCACAGUGUUAUUGGUGGAUGCCCAUCAAACGUAUCGGGCAACUUGCCUGAGGCUCCCGAGGGCCAUGGAGCGGCUACGUUCCCGGUCACGAUGCCAGACAACAUCCCAGAUGGUCGCUACACUUUUGCAUGGACUUGGCUCAACAAGGUCGGUAACCGCGAAUUCUACAUGAAUUGUGCUCCGGUACAAGUAGGUGAUGGAUCGAGCAAGGCCUCUACCGCCAGCGUCUCUGCAGCCUUCUCCAGCCUCCCGGACAUGUUCGUCGCCAACCUACCUGAUACUUCCUGCAGCACUGCCGAGAAUGAGGACUUCAACUACCCUAACCCUGGCCAAAGCGUUGUUGAGGGUAACGGUGCCUCGCUCGGAGACACGCUCACUGGUUCCGGAUGCGACCAGAUGACCAAGAUGGGCGCUGGUAACGGACAAAUGGGAUCCCCCACUCAACCUGAAGCUUCGCAACCCGCUGCCAGCCAGGCCCCUGCCGCCACCUCUGGAUACGCUGCACCACCUGCAUCCAGCGAGGCUCCUGCUGCUACUUCAGGAUACGCUGCUCUGCCCUCCAACGGCGGUGGUGUCUUCGCUCCUGGUGCUUCCUCUGCCCCUGCUGCUGAGCCCACUGCCCCUGCUGCUGCACCUACUCCUACCUACGGCGCCGAGCAGCCAAGCAGCGUUCCCGAGCAGCCAGCCUACAGCGCAGCGCCUCAGGUCCCGGACAACAGCACUCCCAGCGCCCCCGCCAGCGGCAGUGACUGCACUCCUUGUGACAACGAUGGCGCUGUUGUCUGCAUGGGCGAGAACCAAUUCGGUCUUUGCAACCGCGGAUGUGCUGUGCCUCAAGCUCUUGCCAACGGCAUGUCUUGCUCUGCCGGAGCUGUCGUUGCUACCGCUUCCCUUAAGCGAUCACCUAAGUUCCCUCGUGCCCACCUCCACCGCCGCCACGGCUCGUCUCUCUUCGUCUAA